AUGAUAUCACGCGACACCUGCGGCAAGGCGUAUUAUAAACCCCCUUUUUGUAAAUUUCCGUUUCGUCCCUCUUAGGCUCUUUGGCAUUUGCCUACUUCGUCAGACUCGGAGAGCAAGAAGGACAUUACUCGAGUAAACCGGCAGAGAAAUCACGUCUUUUAUCACCAAUCCCCUCCUAGUAACUCAACUACUCCCAUCCGUAGCUCAUCGAUAAUCGCACCAUGGACCAUCUCCCCCCAGACCACUUCCUUUCUCUUCCUCGCCCUGACAUAUUAAUUGGAUCACCGGGUGGUGUUGUUGAUACCACCACACUUGCCGCCCAUGAUUUCGACGUAGAUAAUCGGACCGGUUUUAUGCCCCCUCAACCUCCUUUGGAGCGUCUUCCGGGGCAGUGGGAACCCUGGGAGGCGAUAUUUCAGGAAGCGCAAGAAUCCGAGCUUCAAUUGGGGGACAAGCCAGGACUCACGGAUGCUCAAAAAAGCGUCUCGGAAACCUGGCGGUCCCGAGUCCGUAAUCUUCCCUUGCUUCCGAUUGAUGAUCUGAAGUCGUCCGAAGUUAUGCUCCGACGCGGUCGACAUGUCCUAGCUUGGAUCAUGCAUUUCUAUAUCCACUCGCUUCCCCUAAAUGCAUCCAUCGUAAUACCUAGACCCGUCACGAUACCCCUCCUGAAAAUUUCUGCGCAGCUUCAGCUUCCACCCGUUCUCACAUACUCCGAUGAUGUCCUAUACAACUGGGACCUCAAAACUCCUUCCGAGUCCCCGGUCCCGGCUUUGGAUAAUCUUCGCAGUCAAAGUCUUUUCACUAAUACAAAUGACGAGCAAGAGUUUUACCUCACCUCUGCUCGCAUGGAAUUGCGUAGUGUAGAAGCGCUCGAGCUAAUGCGAGCUACUAUGGAUGAAGCUUUCGUAGGCGACGACAUCGCUAUGCGGCGUAUUACCGGAUUUUUGCACCGCCUAUCGACAGUCAUUGACGAGCUUAAAGCACUUCUCCUUUCUGUUCGUGACGGCUGCAAUCCAGAAGUGUUUUAUCACGACAUUCGUCCGUGGUUCAGAGGCGCUGAUUCAGAUCCUCAAAAGCGUGAGUGGAUCUUUGAGGGUCUGGACGAGCUAGAUAUAGCCUAUCCUUCCGAGCUCUCCGGCCCUAGUGCAGGCCAGAGUGCGCUCGUCCACGCUCUGGAUAUUUUCCUCGGUGUGGAUCGCUAUUCCCAUUCAUCAGACAUAACUGGCGGAGGAUCUGACGUGUCAGCAAAAAAGGCGUUCCUCAGUCGGAUGCAAUCAUACAUGCCGCGCCAUCAUCGGCACUUCUUGAAUCAUCUUUCCAAUAACCCGCGGCCACUGAGAGAUAUCGUGAUGGGUGGAAGGGACCAGAAGCUACUGGCAGCAUAUAAUGAGGCUGUUGGGUCAUUGAAGACUUUCCGGGACGCUCACAUAAUUAUCGUAACGCUGUACAUCAUCGGCCCCGCAGGUCGCGCUAGAAGCCAACAAGAAAGCGAGACACCGUUGAAGGGAACCGGAGGCACCGAACUUGCGAAAUUCCUUAAAGACGUGAGGGACAGUACAGCAGGAGCUCUGUUGAACGUUGAAACACCGUAGGCCAUAGGCGUGUAGCGAAAUACUGUAUGUGUACAGCUUACCAGGGAGAAGAAAGAAGCAGAAGA